AUGAUUAGGAUAGUGGUGGCUUGGGUGCUGGUAUCAAUAAUCACAAUCAAUGGAUUUGAUGGAUAUUACAACUAUGGUAUAUCCCAAUGCCGCUUCAGCUCCCAGGACCUGAGUGACCUGGAGUACAUUCACUCCUAUGUGUUCAACAAAGUUGAAUUAAUUCGGUUCAACAGCACGGUGGGGAAGUUUGUGGGAUAUACUGAGCUUGGAGUGCAAAAUGCAGAGAGAUGGAACAACAUGACUGAUCAGCUGGAGAAGUAUAGGGCUCGGAAAGACACAAAAUGCAGGCCCAAUGCUGCUAUUUUGUACAAAGACAUACUGACAAAGACAGCUAAGCCCAUGGUGAAGCUGAGACUAGGGACUCCCUCCAUUGGAGAUAGCCCUGCUAUGCUGAUGUGCAGUGCCUAUGACUUCUACCCCAAGAUGAUCAAGCUGGCCUGGUACAGAGAUGAGCAGGAGGUGACUGGUGACGUGAUAUCCAGUGAGGAGCUGGCGGAUGGGGACUGGUUCUACCAGAUCCACUCCCACCUGGAGUUCACCCCCAAAGCUGGAGAGAAGAUCUCCUGUGAGGUGCAUCACACCAGCCUCAAGGAGCCUCAAGUGGUUGACUGGGGUUCCUCCAUGCCUGAGCCUGAGAGGAAUAAGAUUGCCAUUGGGGCAGCAGGCCUGGUGCUGGGGCUCAUCAUUGCUGCAGCAGGAUUCAUCUACUACAAGAAGAAGUCUGGAGGUCGGAUAUUGGUGCCCUCUUCUUAG